CUCUCGCCUCCCGUGUGCCAUGCCGGGCCUGAGAGAAACUGCAGGCCGAAAUUGAUUUUUAAAAAAAGAAAGAAGAGAAAACCCAAAUGUAAAAUUGAAGUAUUUUGUUGGUAUUGUAGUUUAUGGUACUGAUGAUUUCCUUUUCAUAUGGCUAUGGAAUCUACACUCUUUCGAAGCCCUCUUCUCCUUCUUUCUCACACGCAGAAUCGCUUCUGAUUUGCCCCAUUUUCGAUCUGCUUGGUUAAUUAUUCUUCCUUCCAUCUGCUAGUAGAUCUGUAGCAGCUGAUUAUGGCAGACACAAGUUCAGUAGAUGUGAUUCUGGACUUUCUGCGAAGAAAUCACUUUACCAGAGCUGAGGCAGCAUUGCGCAGUGAGCUUAGUAAGCGCCCCGAUUUGAAUGGAUUUCUCAAAAAACUUAAUCUUGAAGACAAAGAAUUGGGAAAGGUGUUGGAUGAGGAGAAUGGGAAACCAGGAACUGAUCGUCAGGUUUUUGGUUCUCAAAAUAGCUUUGAAGUUUCUAAUGAACUUAUUAUUAAAGAAAUAGAGUGUGGAACAAGCAGAAAUGAGUCUGAAAGCAAAUGGAGAAACUCCGCUUUGGCUGGAGAGUGGAGCAGUAAGCCUAAUGAAGCAACUGGCACAAUGGCUUCUGAGGAUAGUGUCCUUGAUUUAUAUUCAUGGAACUUUAAUGCUCGCAAUGGUCACUCUUCUGAUCCUUACCAAAAUGAUGGUGGUAACACUGAUAACUGCUCUAGUAGAGCAAUUGCAAAAUCUGGAGAAGAGGUCAUCUUCUCUGGUGAAAGUAGGGGUUUGUGGCCUGGAAGCACAAGUACUGCUAAUGCUAAAGCAGAAGCUAACUAUGAAAGAAUUCUGACUAGUGAAUCAAAGGAACUUGAUCAGCAGCUUAAGACUCCUGUUGUAUACCCUGCGGAAAACACAUGGUCUAGAAGUGAGGGCACUAGCACUGCAGCAACGUGGAAUGAUUGUCCUGUCAAGACUGUUUUACCUUUUCCCAAGGGGGAAGUAUCAAUCAGUUAUGAUGUUAACACUGGUUUGGAAAAAAGAGAAGGAAAGAAGAAAGCCAAUAUAGGUGAUGUUAGGGUUGCAAUCAAAGAGCAGGUGGAUGAGGUUGGAAGAGCUUUAUACUUUGGGAAGUCUCAGGGGAAUACAGACCAAAAAAAUUUAAGUGACUUAAGUUUUUCUCUUGCAUCUGAUAAUCAAAGGGAAGAAUUCCCAAGGCUUCCACCUGUUAAACUCAAGUCGGAAGACAAACCAUUGAACAUCAAUUGGCAGGAAAAAUUUGAGCGUGAUGGGCCAGUUGUGAAGCACAGCAGUACUGACAAUACUUUCCUUAUUGGGUCAUAUCUUGAUGUUCCUGUUGGACAAGAAAUCAACUCUUCAGGAGGAAAAAGGAUUGCUGGAGGCAGCUGGCUAUCUGUGAGUCAAGGAAUUGCUGAGGAUACAUCUGAUUUAGUUUCUGGUUUUGCAACUGUUGGUGAUGGACUAAGUGAAUCAAUUGAUUAUCCAAAUGAAUACUGGGACUCUGAUGAAUAUGAUGAUGAUGAUGAUGUUGGGUACAUGAGACAACCAAUUGAGGAUGAGGCCUGGUUUCUGGCCCAUGAGAUUGAUUAUCCAAGUGACAAUGAGAAGGGAACAGGACAUGGGAGUGUCCCUGACCCUCAGGAGAGAGGUCCGAUUAAAGAUGAAGAUGAUGAUCAAUCUUUUGCCGAGGAGGAUUCUUACUUCUCUGGUGAGCAGUAUUUUCAAUCAAAAACUGUUGAACCAAUUACAGCUGCAGAUGAUCCCAUUGGGUUGUCAACACAAAUGUAUAGGACUCAUGAGAAUGAUUUGAUAGCUCAAUAUGAUGGACAGUUAAUGGAUGAAGAAGAGCUAAAUUUAAUGCGUGCAGAACCCGUCUGGCAAGGAUUUGUCACCCAGACGAAUGAGCUUAUCAUGCUUGGGGAUGGGAAGACCCAGAAUGACUGUGGAAGACCACGGCUGGAUGAUAUAUGCAUGGAUGAUGAUCAACAUGGUUCAGUGAGAUCAAUUGGUGUGGGUAUAAACAGUGAUGCUGCUGAUUUUGGCAGUGAAGUACGGGAAAGUUUGGUUGGAGGCAGUAGUGAAGGGGAUAUAGAGUACUUUCAUGAGCACGAUGUUGGAAUUGGUGGGUCGAGACCCUCUCACCAUGAAUCAGACAAGAAAAAUGUUGAUAGACAUAAUGGGGAUAAAAAGAGAAUCAGUAAACCAGAUUCUAAUAAAUAUAUAGCUGGGAAUGACAAAGUUGUGUCUUCCCAAGUGAAAGAUCAUAGAGAUGGGGGAUUUUCAUUUCCCCCACCAUUGAGGGAUGGGCAAUCGGGACAGGCAGCACCUGGUAAAUCUGUAUGGUUAAACAAUAGUAAAACAAUUAUUGGUGCCGAAACUGAUGACUGCAUGAAUGCUUCGACAGCUACAGAUGAUAUGCUUGCUGCAUGGAGGCAGAAAAGCAGUGAUUCUUCAACUGUCAAAAGUUCUAGGGAUGAGAAUAAUAUCAAUACUGUAAGAUCUGCGGCUUCUUCUCCCUCUACACUUUCAAAUUAUGGUUAUGCAGAACAAGAGCAUGCCAAAAAAGAAGAUGAGAAAGUUGGCUUUGCGAGGGAAGAGGAUCCUGGGGCAUCACUUGAGGAUGAAGAGGCAGCUGCUGUGCAAGAGCAAGUAAGGCAAAUUAAGGCUCAGGAGGAGGAAUUUGAGACUUUUAACCUCAAGAUUGUGCAUAGAAAAAACAGAACUGGUUUUGAAGAGGACAAGAACUUCCAUGUUGUUUUGAAUUCUGUAAUUGCUGGCCGUUAUCACGUCACCGAGUAUCUUGGAUCAGCUGCUUUCAGUAAGGCUAUACAAGCACAUGACCUCCAUACAGGCAUGGAUGUCUGUGUUAAAAUCAUAAAAAACAACAAGGACUUCUUUGAUCAGAGUCUUGAUGAGAUAAAGCUUCUAAAGUAUGUCAACAAGCAUGAUCCUGCUGACAAGUACCAUAUUCUCAGAUUGUAUGAUUACUUCUAUUACCGAGAGCAUUUGUUAAUUGUAUGUGAACUUCUCAAGGCAAACUUGUACGAGUUCCAUAAGUUCAAUAGAGAAUCAGGAGGAGAGGUUUACUUUACAAUGCCAAGAUUGCAGUCUAUUACCAUUCAAUGUUUGGAGGCGCUUCAGUUUUUGCAUGGGCUUGGCCUUAUACACUGUGAUUUAAAGCCUGAGAACAUAUUGGUGAAAAGCUAUAGUAGAUGUGAGGUUAAGGUUAUUGAUCUUGGGAGUAGCUGUUUUGAGACAGAUCAUCUGUGCUCCUAUGUUCAAUCCAGAUCCUAUCGAGCACCAGAGGUUAUCUUGGGACUUCCAUAUGAUAAGAAGAUAGAUAUUUGGUCGCUUGGCUGCAUCUUGGCUGAACUUUGCACAGGAAAUGUACUCUUCCAAAAUGAUUCACCAGCAACAUUACUGGCACGAGUUAUUGGAAUCAUAGGUCCUAUUAAUCAAGUUAUGCUGGCUAAAGGGCGAGACACCUACAAGUAUUUUACCAAAAAUCACAUGCUUUAUGAGAGGAAUCAGGAAACCAAUAGACUGGAAUACCUGAUACCAAAAAAGACAUCUUUGAGGCACCGAUUGCCAAUGGGAGAUCAAGGUUUCAUCGAUUUUGUUGCUCAUUUGCUCGAAAUAAACCCAAAGAAGCGCCCUUCUGCAUCAGAGGCGCUGAAGCACCCAUGGCUGUCAUACCCUUAUGAGCCAAUAUCAGCUUGAACUGAUGGAGGAUUCUCUUGGUGGAGAUGGGCCUUGCUGUAGCUGCCUUUGUGUUUAGUUUUCGCAGUCUUGUUGAAGGAAGGGGCAACUGAUACUGCUCUAUUUUAACUGAUCUUCAAAGUCAUUUUCGCUCCUCGGCAGACCUGCAGGCACUGAAAGGUGUGUUUGGUGUUGGUGAAUCAUUAGUGUUUUUGUUUUUUCUCCCCAUCUGUUUACCAAAGUUGUAUGCUAAAACAGCUAUAAUUAAGCAUGUAAUUUUUGCACGUACACUUUAUUCUUAGGGUUUUGUUUUUCCGCUUUGUUUUAUUCGGUGGAAGGGAAAUCUUAACGAUAUCUUGUUGUACAUGAUGUGUGACAAUUCUUUUAGGUUAUUUAAUUAGUAAUAGCAUAUGGAAAUAGUUGCUAA